ACGCAGGAGGUCAGAGGUCACAAAGAAAAUGGCGGAACCCAGCGGAGCGGCGCUCGCUUCUCUUCCUGCAGCCGAACACAGAGCGGUUUUUUGAAUGUUGUGGCCGCUUCAGCCUCUCGCUGGGGACCUGCUCUCUUCUACAACACCCACUGCUGCUCAUGGCGGACUCGCGUUAAGGAAACGUCCUCCGUGGCUGCAGUGAAACCAGUGGAAACAACCCGAGGCUCAUCACAGGGACUCUAACCCAGAGGACACCGUUUACUUAUUAAAGUGGACUUUUUGCAGGUUGCGGCUGAAUGUGAAGCUAGCGGAGUGUUAGCUUCGCCCGGCUGACAGAGAGGAAGCACACGGAGCAGUGGAACAGCGGCAUGUUGCGACUUCAUCACAACAACCAGUGAAGAUGAACAGGAAGAAGGAUAAAGGGUUUGAGAGCCCGCGACCAUUCAAAUUGACCCAUCAGAUGGUGUGUAUCAACAACAUCAACUUCCAGAGGAAAUCUGUCAUCGGCUAUGUCGAGCUGACCAUCUUCCCCACUGUGGUCAACCUGAACAGGAUCAAGCUCAACAGUAAACAGUGCCGCAUUUACAGGGUCCGAGUCAAUGAACUUGAAGCCCCGUUCAUUUACAAUGACCCCACACUGGAGGUGUGCCACCAUGAGUCCAAGCAGAGGAACCUCAACUAUUUCUCUAGUGCUUACACAGCAGCAGUGAGUGCUGUGGACCCGGAUGCAGGACACGGGGAGCUGGUCAUCAAGGUGCCCUCUGAACUCUGGAAACAAGGAGAUGAUUUGAAAGUUUUAAAGGUGUACAUAGAAUUCUCACUGGACCAGCCAAAAGGAGGUCUCCACUUCGUUGUUCCUGAUGUGGAGGGCACCAUGGCAGAGAGAGGAGCUCAUGUGUUUUCCUUUGGAUACCAGAACUCCACCAGAUUCUGGUUCCCCUGCGUGGACUCCUACUCAGAGCUGUGUACGUGGAAGCUGGAGUUCACUGUUGAUGCUUCCAUGGUGGCAGUGUCCUGUGGUGAUCUGGUGGAGACCAUGUACACCAAUGACAUGAGGAAGAAGACUUAUCACUAUGUCCUCCCCAUUCCCACGGCAUCCCCUAACAUCUCCCUGGCUGUGGGGCCCUUUGAAAUCCUUGUGGACCCCUACAUGCACGAGGUGACCCACUUCUGUCUGCCGCAGCUGUUGCCACUGCUCAAACACUCCAUGUCAUACCUGCAUGAGAUUUUUGAGUUCUAUGAAGAGAUCCUGACGUGCCGUUACCCUUAUUCCUGCUUCAAGACUGUGUUUGUGGAUGAACCCUAUGUGCAAGUGUCCUCUUAUGCAUCCAUGAGCAUCUUUAGUACCAACCUGCUUCACAGUGCUAUGAUCAUAGACCAGACCCCACAGACUCGUCGUUGUCUGGCCCAGGCCUUGGCUCAGCAGUUCUUUGGUUGUUUCAUCUCCAGGAUGUCAUGGGCUGAUGAGUGGGUGUUGAAGGGAAUCUCAGGCUACAUCUACGGCCUCUACCUGAAGAAAACCUUUGGAGUCAAUGAGUAUCGACACUGGAUAAAAGAGGAGCUGGACAGGAUUGUGGACUAUGAACUAAAGAUGGGAGGGGUCCUGUUGCACCCAACCUUCAGUGGAGGCAAAGAGAAAGACAAUCCAACUCCACACCUUCACUUCUCCAUCAAGCACCCCCACACGUUGUCCUGGGAAUACUACAAGAUGUUCCAGUGUAAAGCCCACCUGGUGAUGAGGUUGAUAGAGAACAGGAUCAGCAUGGAGUUCAUGUUGCAGGUUUUCAACAAGCUCCUGAGUUUGGCCAGUACGGCCUCAUCCCAGAAGUAUCAGAGUCACAUGUGGAGCCAGAUGCUUCUGUCUACUCACGCUUUCCUCAAAUCCAUCUCCAAUGUCUCUGGCAAAGACAUAGGCCCGCUGAUCAAACAAUGGGUAGACCAGAGUGCUGUGGUGAAAUUCUUUGGAAGUUUUGCCUUUAACAGGAAGAGGAACGUGUUAGAGCUGGAGAUCCGUCAGGACUACACAUCAUCUGGAACUCAGAAAUAUGUGGGUCCCAUCAAGGUGACAGUGCAGGAGCUGGAUGGGUCCUUCAAACACACACUGCAGAUAGAGGAAAACAGCCUCAAACAUGACAUCCCCUGCCACUCCAAGAGCAGACGUGUUAAGUUUUUGUUAGUUUUGUGUGAUUCUCUUCCCAGAAACAAGAAAAAGAAGAUCCCUCUGGUGAAUGGAGAGGAGGUGGACAUGGAUUUGUCAGCUAUGGACGCUGACUCUCCUCUCCUCUGGAUCCGGAUUGACCCCGACAUGUCCAUUCUGCGGAAGGUGGAGUUUGAGCAGGCUGACUUCAUGUGGCAGUAUCAGCUGCGCUAUGAGAGGGAUGUAGUUGCACAGGAGGAGUCUAUCUUGGCGCUGGAGAAGUUCCCAACUCCUGCCUCCAGACUGGCUUUGACUGACAUCUUAGAGCAAGAACAGUGUUUCUACAAAGUCCGCAUGCAGGCCUGCUUCUGUUUGGCCAGGAUAGCCAAUUCUAUGGUGAGCACAUGGCAGGGCCCACCCGCUAUGAAGUCCCUGUUCACCAGAAUGUUCUGCUGUAAGAGUUGCACCAACAUUGUCAAGACCAACAGCUUCAUCAGCUUCCAGAGCUACUUCCUACAAAAGACGAUGCCUGUUGCCAUGGCACUACUCAGAGAUGUUCAGAACCUCUGUCCCAAAGAUGUCCUCAACUUUAUACUUGACCUCAUCAAGUAUAACGACAACAGAAAAAACAAAUUCUCGGACAACUACUAUCGGGCACAAUUGAUUGAAGCACUGACCAACUCUCUGACCCCAGCCAUCAGCAUCAACAAUGAGGUGCGGACAGUGGACAAUUUAAAUGCUGACGUCCGUCUCAUCUUGGAGGAGAUCACCCGAUUCCUUAAUAUGGAAAAACUGCUCCCCAGCUUCAGGAACACCAUCACUGUCAGUUGUCUGAGAGCAAUUCGGGAGCUUCAGAAGAACGGCCAUAUUCCCAGCGACCCAUCACUGUUCAAGUCCUACGCUGAGUUUGGACAUUUUGUAGAUGUUCGCGUCGCUGCCUUGGAGGCUCUGGUGGACUAUACAAGAGUGGAAAGAAGUGCAGCAGACCUGCAGUGGCUGCUCGCCAUGGUCCAGAACGACCCAACUCAUUAUGUCAGACAUAAGGUCCUGAGCAUGCUCGGUAAGAAUCCACCUUUCACAAAGACAUCAGACUCCCCUCUGUGCAAUGAAGCACUGGUUGACCAACUGUGGAAGCUCAUGAACUCAGGUACCUCGCAUGACUGGCGGCUACGCUGCGACGCAGUGAACCUCUACUACGCAUUGUUUGGUCUGACCCGUCCUUCGUGUCUGCCACUGCCAGAGUUGGGCCUCGUGCUCAACCUGAAGGAGAAGAAAGCCGUGCUCAACCCGACCAUCAAGCCUGAGCUGGGGGUCAGUGGUGGUAUGGAGACACCUGCCAGUAUAGGUAUCCAUGGAGUUGGCAUGUGUUACACAGCUGUUGACGAAGAGCCGGAUCCUAUUUCAUUGGGGGUGUGUGGGGUGGGUCAGCCACCUCUCGGCCUGAAGAGGAAGGCUGAGACCCCGCUGGGCUCCCCCCCAGAGCCGGGACAGGUACUGCAGCAGCAGGAAGACGAAGGCAGGGCAGGGCGCUACAAGAUCAGAGUAAAGGAUCUUUCCUUUCCCCCAAAAUUUAACACCAUGGAAGAAGAAGAUAUCGAUAUGGAGACUGUUCAUGAUAGUCAGGCCUUCAUCCACCAACAUCUUAAUCUGAUGGAAAGACCCUCUACACCAGGUAAAGAGCCGCUGUCAGUCGAACAGUCCAUGCUCUCCAUGCCCGCCACGCCAGUGCCCUCCUUCACCAAAGAGACCACCUCCACCUCGUCUAAACACGGCAGCGAGCACAGCCACCACCAUCACCACCACCACCACCACCACGAGCACAAGAAGAAGAAGAAGAAGCACAAGCACAAACACAAGCACAAGCACAAACAUGAAAGCAAGGAGAAGGAACGAGAGCGGGACAACUCACACGUUUACAGCAACAGCCCAGCCAGCGGCAGAUCCCUGCGCUCGCCAUCUCUGUCCGACUAAUAAUCCGAGAGAAACGAUGUUACCUGGAUACAACCAUCGCCUGCUUGCAUCAUGAGAACAGUGACACAAAGUGGAGGCAAAGCAUGUUCAGUUGAACUAAAUAUUUGUUACUCCGAAUGAGGCAGAAUCAUUCCGACAAAAUGUUGAAGAAAAGAAUCACGUCCAAGUGUAGUUAUAGAUGGAAAGAAGCAGCAGUAGUGCAUGUUGCCUCCGAAGAGGAAGUGUUAGUGCAGUGUCGUCAAGGUAAACCUUGUUUCUUCAAACACACACACACACAAACACACACUGGUGCUGGUGUGGGUGGACUCUACUGGAAGCAACCGUCUGGCUGGGGCGUGCAACCACAUUCACCUUUUUCCACCAACAGUCAAAUACAGACUUAUCCCACCUCAUACAGCCGCCCCUGCUGCAUGGACACCACUCUGGUCUGCCUCAUCCCCACAGCUGAAUCCCAGCAUUCAGUGCGUGGCUUCUGAGGGGAAACCAGGCUGUUGGCGGUGAAGAUUUGACCAUCCUGCCUCGACUGAGCCUCGAGUGACUCAUCAUCCUGCACAGGACAUUUCAUCGUCUGCUCACUGGUGAAAAUUCAACAAAAACAACAAUUUUUACUGUAUUGUACAAUUAAAACUCAAGUUAUACUAGUGUUUUUUUUAAUACCUUUUGUUUCCCAACUGCCAUCAUUUUUAAAGGUGCUUUUAUAUCAUUGAAGGUUUUGACUAGAUUGAAUCCAGCUCCACGAAGACAUUUACACUGGGUUUACUCUGGCACUGUUUCCUGGGGUUGAUGAUGUGGUUUUAAAAAACAUCCAGAAUUCACCAUUGAGAUGACCAGACCGGUGUUGAUCAUGUAACUCAUAUGUUUCAAAAAAUGUUUUUUUAUUAAAUCAGUCGGUUUCAUCUUGUUUUUUCUACAGACAAAUAAAAUCGUAGUAUUCAUAUAAACAUUCUUGACUCUGGUUAAUUAGUCCUGUCAGCAUUAAUUCCUUUAUAGUACAUGUGAACUUCCCAGUUAGUGCUUGUGUAAGUAGAUACAAGUUCCCGUCAGCUUGUCCUUAAUAACCUCUAGAAAGCCCUGAGACGAUCUUUAAGAUGGAUCUGUACUGUAGAUCAGAAACUGCAAAUGACAGAAAUAAGUGAAAGAGAGAAAAGUUCAAAGUAGAAUCCAAAGGCUUCAAGGGAAAUGAAGGAUUGGAACGUAGACCUCAUUUUUUUUACAUUAUGUGUUCAUUUGUUAAUUUGCCUUUAAAAUAAAUUGGAUGGAAUCAUCAAUUUUUA